AUGUGUCGACCGCUUACAGUCCGUUGCGAUGAAGGCCACCACACAUACACCUUCGAAGACAUCAUCCUUCCCUGCAUGGAAGUCGGCUCUUUUGCGUGCAAGAUAGGAUUAUCAGAGCUGGCUGAUUUCCAGAACGCGUCAACUUCCUGCAUCUGUGCUGAGGUGGACCACGAGCCCGAUUGUGUCGCGUAUGCGAGGACAUGCGAGGCAGUAUUGAAGAAGUAUGGCGAAUCGCUGGCUCGAGGACCGCGGAAGAAGUCUUGGGUAGUAAAAUGGUUCGCGGCGAAAGCAGAAGAGCAGGACUGGCAGAAAUUGCUCGAGAAGGCUCAUGAGGAGGAAGUUGGCGGCGGCCUUCUGACUCGCAAGGAGAGCGACGGGGCUCUUGAGGCAUUGCGUCGCGUGCGUUUGGACGUCAGAGGAGAGAAGGAGUGA